CCCCCCCCCCCCACCCCGUCUUACGUCUAUCUUGCCAGUUUAGAGUAUAUCCUGCUAGCUGAAUAUCCAUGUCGUCAUUCAGCCACGAUUCCGUGAAACAGAGGAUAUGACAGUUUUUGAAGACCCGUUGGUAGGAUAUUCGUGAUUGUACUUCGUCUAAUUUAUUGUCCAAUGAUUGCACGUUGGUGAGUAGUAUUAACGGUGACGGGAGCUUUCCCACUCGCCUUAUCCGGGUCCUGACCAGGCAUCCGGUUCUUUGUCCUCUGUACCAGCGUCGCUUCCUCUUGCAAAUAACGGGGGUGUUAGGAGAAUGUCUUGUGCGCCCUCCUUGUAGAAAAAAUAUUUGUCUAACCAGAGGUGAGUGAUCGCUGUCCUGAUAUCCAGAAGCUCUUCGUGUAAUCAGAGGAUGUCUUGACACUUCCAUCCCAGCUGUGAUGUCUUUAAAACAGUGGCAAUUCUCUCUUCAUUAUCAUAGAGCUGGAUGCAAAGAUGACAGCUCAGCCCCUUUCUCCCGGUGCCGUCAUAUUCCUGUGUGUCCUUCACGUCGCCAUCUUCCUAUUGGCUGUUCCUGGUAACCUACUUGUGGGGCUCGUGAUUGGCUUCAGUCAACAGUCCCUGACCCCAUCCGACGUCUACCUGUUUCACCUGACUGUAGCUGACGGGCUGCUGGCUCUGACCCUGCCCUUCUGGGCUGCUAACACGCUCCACGGCUGGAUCUUUGGUGACUUCCUGUGUAAGUUCCUCAGCCUGGUUAUGGAGGCUAGCUUCUACACCAGCAUCCUGUUCCUGGUGUGUAUCAGUGUCGACCGCUACCUGGUGAUCGUUCGCCCAGCCAAGUCCCGUAAGGGCCACCGAAGGGCUUGCAGAUGGUACGCCUGCACCUUCAUCUGGACUCUGGGGGGCGCCCUCUCUCUCCCUGCCCUCUUCAACGACGCUUUCACGCCCCAGAGAGGUGGUCCGACGAGGUGUGCUGAGCACUUUGACCUCAGCAGCGCCACCCACUGGCGGCUCGCUACUCGCGGCCUACGCCACAUCCUAGGGUUCCUGCUCCCACUAGUCAUCAUGGUGGCGUGCUACAGCAUCACCGUGGCCCGGUUGCUGCAGACGCACGGCUUCCAGAAGCACAGGGCCAUGCGGGUCAUCAUUGCCGUGGUGUUCGCCUUCCUCCUGUGCUGGACGCCGUUACACAUGACGGUGAUGGCCGACACCCUGAUGAGGGCCAAGCUGGUGCGCUUCGACUGUGCUGUGAGGAACAGGGUGGACCUGGCCCUCCAGGUCACCCACAGCCUGGCCCUGGUCCACAGCUUUGUUAACCCAGUGCUGUAUGCCUUCGUGGGGGAGAAGUUCAGGGGGAACCUGGGUGCCCUGGUCAGGAAGUCACGGGGACCAGAGAGGGGGUCUUCGUCCGGAUUUAGUAGGUCCACAUCCCAGACCUCAGAAGGGAAUGGACUGUUAUGAUUGAUCUGACAGGUUGUCCCCACAUUACUUUGAAUCAGGGUUGGGGUCCAUUCCAUUUCAAUUCCACUCAAUUCAGGAAGCACUCUAAAAUUCAAAUUCCAAUGCUUUUCAAUGAGGACAUUUUUUAAAUCGAAAUUUGGUUCACUUUCUGAACUGACUGGAAUUGAAAUUGAAUUAACUCCAACCCUGCUUUGAAUAACGUAUAAGAUUGUCCCUUUGUAACGUAUUGUAACCUAACAUUCCUUGCCUGACAUUGAAUAUGUGCUGGCACUAUCAGGCUGCAGACUCAGAUCCUGUAUGUAUGUGAUCUUUAAUGUCCCUCCAUAUACUAAUGCCCCUGGUGUCUGUACAUGUAUAUAAUGCCCUCUGUUGUCUGUUGUAUUAGGUAAUAAAUACCCUGUACUGUU